AUGAAGGAGCGACUGUUUCCCUUCAAAGGGCCUGAUCCAGACUAUAUCGACUAUCUCGAGCGUCAAUUGAAGUCUGUUCUGUCACGUCUAGGACUUGACCGGGGCCGACUUCCAGUGCCCGGGCCCUCUGAUUCUAAUUCUCAAGACCCGUCCACGGGUCACUAUCGGUUUGUUGAGUGUAAUCAGCAGGCUGCUAAGCACGCGCAACCAGACAAGCCCACAGCAUGGAGCAAACAGCUUCAUAAAUUCUUGAAAACCCUUCCCACCGAAGCCGGGUGGCUCGAGGCACGAAUAAGGGCGGGUGUUGAUACACCGGCCCGAAAUCAGGAUGCCUUGCAAUCAAUCUUAGGCAAUGCGGGCGUGGUCGUUUUCCAUGAAGAAUACCCAAUCCCCUCUCUCCCCGCAAUGCUACCUACAGGUUGCGAGGAUUUGGUCGUAAGGGGUUAUCGUUACGGAAACUUUGUCUCUCGCUGCGGCCACGACCGAGAUUUUGCCCAAACUGUGGCCACGUUUCAAGACCUAGUGUUUUGCUCUUACUGCGAAGUCAUGAUUAAAGCCGGUAUUUCCAUUCAAGUAACCAACGACACUAUGAGGCAAUAUACGGGUGCCGAUAAAAGUGACCUGACUUUAGAGCGGUAUCGUCGAGGGGCCGUCUGGGCCAAUCGCUGUAUGGCAGCACUGUUCGAAAAUGGAUGGGGACAUCGGAGCUGGGAGCUUUUCUUUCUCGGGGGUCAAACGUCGGCUCAGCUCGCCGCGUUUGCCAUCAACGAUGCCAGCAGUUAUAAGCUUGUGACGACACACAUGGGACAUACGUCCGUUCCGAUAUUGGAAAACGGUUGGAUUCCAUAUUGCCUCCCUUGCAUCGUGCACCAUAUCACGGGCUAUUCUGUUCCGUAA